UGAAACUCAAACUCCACUCCAGGUCAAGAUCCAUCUAUCGAUCCAAUCCUAAAUCUUCGAAGAGGCUAAACAUGAGGAACCCGUCCACGUCAGCAUCAGCAUCAGCGGCUGCAGCUGCGGCUAACUCCACCACAAGCACCACCACUAAAACUCCGUGUUGCAGCAAGGUAGGGUUAAAGAGAGGGCCAUGGACGCCUGAAGAAGACGAGCUUCUCUCCAACUACAUCAAGAAAGAAGGCGAAGGCCGCUGGAGAACCCUCCCCAAGCGUGCUGGCCUCCUCCGAUGUGGAAAGAGUUGCCGUCUCCGAUGGAUGAACUACCUCCGCCCCUCCGUCAAGCGCGGCCAGAUCGCCCCCGAUGAAGAAGAUCUUAUCCUCCGCCUCCAUCGCCUUCUAGGCAACCGGUGGUCGUUGAUAGCGGGGAGGAUACCGGGGCGAACGGAUAAUGAAAUAAAGAAUUACUGGAACACUCACCUGAGUAAAAAGUUGAUAAGCCAAGGGAUAGAUCCAAGAACGCACAAGCCAUUGAGUGAUAACAGUGAUCAUCAAAAUCAAUCUUCGUCCGCUGAUGCGAAUCCUCGUAAGGCAUCUUCUUCAUCGUCAAAAGCGAAUCGCAAAACAAACCCUAACCCUAAUCCUAAUCCUAAUCCUAAUCCCGUCCUUUCUUCUUCGCAUUUGGAAGAUAAUCAUAAUGAUACUGCCCUUAUGAUGAUGAACACUUCUCAGCUACUCCAUCGCGAGACUGCUCAUGGCUACACAAGUUUGCUGAAUGGUGAGGAUGAAGCUAGGGUUUCGGGAUUAAGAAACACUGGUCAUCAUCGUCGUAAUGAAGAAGAUGAGGAUAUAAAUUAUUGUAGCGACGAUGUUUUGUCUUCGUUUCUCAAUUCAUUGAUAAAUGAAGAUGCAUUUGCUGCACAACAUCAAGCAUUACAAUUACAACAACAACACAAUCAGUCAACAGGGAACACUGCACAGCUUCCAGAUCCUUUGGUUUCGAUUUCAACCUCAGCUUUCGGGCUGGGAACCUCCGAUAAUGGCGGGUUCAUUUAGCCAGAAUAAGCACAAGGGGAUGGUGAAUGACCGUGUUGAAUAGCAGAUAGAGUUUCUGCUCCCACUGAGACUGAAGUUAAUUAGUUUAUGAGAAUAAUAGAGUUUGCUUUUCUCUUUAAUGUAUGUGUUGAUUCUGUGCUUGUGUUCCACUUCUUGAUGAAAUCAUUUUCAGUGCAACUCCGUUGCAUUUGUAAAAAUAUUCAUGUUGUAGAAAAAAGCAAAAGUGGAACGAUAAUAUGUUGUAUGAAUCUAGAGGUGUGUUUGAAUGUAAUUUCACUAUAUAAUCAAUCCAAUAUGUCAUGUUUGUAAGCCUAUAUAUAUAAAAUGGUUCCAGUUUCCA